ACGACAUCUCUUUCAAUUGAUAUGUCUGGCCAACUCGAAUAUACACCUUUCGACCAAGUCCCCAAAAUUUAUGCAAGGCUGAAGGCUACGUUCGACUCUGGAAUCACGAAAAAGCUGCAGUGGAGACGCCAGCAGCUAUACCAGCUAGGCAAACUCCUUCAAGAUAACGAAGACCGCCUCGUCAAGGCCAUCAACAUUGACGUUGGGAAGCCACGCCUCGAAGCAGUGGUCGCGGAUGUCGGGCCCGUGGUGUAUGCUGUUGCUGAAGCACUCAAAAAUCUCGAUGACUGGGUCAAACCCGAGAAGCCCAGUAAUCUCCCAGAGUGGCGCAGUGGGUGGGACACCACGGUUUAUAGAGCGCCCAAGGGUAUUGUGCUUAUCAUAUCGCCCUGGAAUUAUCCAUAUGUGAUCACCCUCGGUCCCCUAGUUGGUGCUAUUGCCGCAGGAAACACGGCGAUCAUCAAACCCUCCGAAUACUGUCCCACUGUCUCACAAGCUCUUGCAGACCUUCUCCCGCAAUACCUCGACACCAACGCAUUCGCGUGCGUCAAUGGUGAUCAAUAUGUCGCACAAGCUCUUCUCGACCAUCGUUUUGCCCAUAUCUUCUUCACGGGUUCGAAUCGCGUCGGAAGGCUGGUCGCGGCUGCGGCUGCGAAGCACGUCACACCAUUGACGCUCGAGUUAGGAGGGAAAUGCCCUACCGUUAUCGCGGAAGAUGCGGACAUCGAUCUCUCUGUAAAACGCAUUCUGUAUGGGAAGCAGAAUAAUUUGGGCCAGAUCUGCGUAUCCCCUGACUAUUGUCUCGUGCCUAAGAACAAAAUGGAUGCCGUCGUCGCUGCGUUCCACAAAUGGCACAAAACUUUUUUCCCCGAAGGAACACUCAAAUCUCCCGACAUCGGCCACGUCAUCUCAGAAAUACACCACGACCGUCUCUCGAACCUCGUCAAGAAUACGCGAGGCAAAGUCAUUAUCGGGGGUAAGACGGCAGCUGGGAAGAAGAUGGAGUUGACCGUUGUGAAGGAUGUACCGUUGGAUGAUAUCUUGAUGCAGGAUGAGGUGUAUGGUCCGAUUCUUUCACUUGUGCCGGUCGAGGAUACCGAUCAUGCGAUUCGCAUCAUCGCUGAACGUCCUACGCCGUUGGUCAUCUAUCUUUUCACGUCGAGUGAGGCUAUCAGGGACAAGUUCCUCGAAAAGACCGCCUCAGGAACACUCGUACUGAAUGAUACGUACCAGCAACUCGUGGUACACGAGAUGCCGUUUGGUGGCUCUGGUGAAUCAGGAUACGGAUCGUAUCUUGGUAAAUCCUCCUUCGACACGUUCACCCAGCUCAGAAGCUAUGUUCAUGUUCCCCUCGCGGCGGACCCACAUUUGGCCUUCCGUUACCCUCCCUACUCCGACGAAGCCGUGAAUGCCCUUUCGAACUUUGGCAUGAGGAUCCCGCUGCCGAAGCCCUGAAGGGUCGAGUUACUCAGGAGAUGCCUGCGUCUUACUGCUUUAGUGAGAAGUCUAGAUAUCCCGGUGGAUUGCCGUGUUCUGUUGUGUGGCCAGUCGCAUGUGGACCUGUGUUUUUCAUCAAUCGAGACUCCUUAA